CCUCAUUUGAUUGGUAGGAAGGCGAAUUCGCAACUAAACCAGCUUUACGGUAAGCAGGACCGAGAGGUUUCCAGAAAAUAUCAGCGGAAAGGAAAUAAUUGUUUUUUCUGCUGCACGUUUCAAGACGUAAAGAUGAUCGAAGUGGUUUGCAACGACCGUCUAGGCAAGAAAGUCCGGGUCAAGUGCAACUCUGAGGAUACCAUCGGAGAUCUGAAGAAGCUCAUAGCUGCCCAGACAGGAACACGGCAUGAUAAGAUCGUGUUAAAGAAAUGGUACACCAUAUUCAAGGACCAUGUGUCUCUGGGUGACUAUGAAAUCCACGAUGGGAUGAACCUUGAGCUGUACUACCAGUAAGCAAGAGGCGAACUACGAGUCAGAUGUACAGAUGUAAAGAUGUUUCUUGCUACAAACACAAACACGCCGCUGGAAUUGAAGGUCUCACACAACAUGAUGGAGCGAGAGCGACACUCACACAGCAGCAAUGGAGUUUUAAUUUUUCCUCUCAAAUUACUUUGUGAAAGAGACGUUGACGGUUUUUUUGUUUGUUUCUUUUUGAUAUUUUGGAAAUAAAACUGAUAUUUACCUGAC